GAUCAGCUGACUCUGCUGGAGGAGGAAGAGGAAUGAAGAUGGAAGGGAACAGGGACGAAGCUGAAAAAUGUAUAAAUAUAGCGACGAAAGCCCUCGAAGCAGGAGAUAAAGAGAAAGCGGUGAAGUUUCUCAACAAAGCAGAGAAGCUGUACCCAACCGGCAAAGCCAAAGCUUUGUUGGACGCAUUAACGAAGAAUGGGAGCUCGGCGGGUAACGGUGCAUAUCGUAGGCGACCAGCAGAAAGCUCAGAAAGCAGCGGCGCCCAGCCAGAAAGGGAAAGCCAAGAGUCUGGAGGAACCGAUUCGUCCAAAGGCUUCACCAAAGAGCAGGUGGAAGGUGUGCAGAGAAUAAAGCGGUGUAAGGACUACUAUGAAGUGCUGGGUGUCAGUAAAGAAGUCGGUGAGGACGAGCUAAAGAAAGCCUACAGGAAACUAGCGCUCAAGUUCCAUCCAGACAAAAAUCACGCACCUGGAGCAACAGAGGCCUUUAAGAAGAUUGGUAAUGCAUAUGCAGUGCUGAGCAACCCAGACAAAAGACGGCAGUAUGACCUGACAGGAGGGGAGGAGCCGAGCAGCCCGGGUCACUCACACGGAGGAGGCUUUGACUUCCACAGGGGCUUUGAGGCUGACAUCACUCCUGAGGACCUCUUCAACAUGUUCUUUGGAGGUGGCUUCCCCUCGUCAAGUACACACACCUUCACUAACAGCAGAACGAGCUACAGCCAUCAGACGGAUUUCCGACAAGAGAGAACAGAAGAAAGGGGAGAUGGUGGUUUCUCCAUGUUCAUCCAGCUGAUGCCCAUCGUGGUCCUGAUUUUAGUGUCAAUACUGAGCCAGAUGAUGGUGUCCCCUCCACCCUACAGCCUCUACUCUAGACCGUCCACAGGUCAGACCGUAAAACGGCAGACAGAAAACUUGCAUGUCGACUACUACGUCACUAGAGAUUUUAAGUCGGAGUUCAAGGGCUCAGCGCUGCAUCAGAUUGAGAAAAAUGUGGAGGAGGACUAUGUAUCUAAUGUCAGAAAUAACUGUUGGAAGGAGAGACAGACAAAAACAGACCUGCUGUAUGCUGCUAAGGUAUACAGGGACGACCGAAUGCGCAAGAAGGCAGAACUCAUGACCAUGGAUAACUGCAGGGAGCUGGACAGACUAAAUAACUUAUUCAGGGGCGGAUGAGUUGAACACUUCUAGAUCAUGUAAAUGUAUAUGAAUAGACGUGUAUGUUCAUGUUUUUUUAAGGAAGAGUCUUUACACUAGGAGCAAAAAAAACUUACUGAAAUAAUUUAGCUCUAUUGUUGAAGUUUUAAAAUGUCCCUCUCCUCCAUAUUCCCCCCGCCAACUCCUCUCCUUCCUCACUCCAGCCUGACCCCAGGAACCGCCUUGUUACGUCUUAAUGAACCAAUCUACAUACACUGUAGAAAGCCCCAGAUCUUUUCUUUUUUUUACUCUGCUUUUCAUGUUUCCUGAAAACAAGAAGGACAAGGACACUUUCGAUUGUAAAGGCAUGUGCUUCGAGUAGUGAGAACCCCAAGAGGCAAUCUGCACAAGCAAAUCACUGUCUUAAGAUCAACAAACGGCUUCCGGCAUCAUCUGCUUGACAUAAAUAUAGGAUGGGAGACUUUGUAGGUUCAUCUGGAGGUGCUGUCCUCCACCCAAAUCCAUUUCUUGAGAAGAACACAGGAACAAAAGAUGGAAAUAUAAUAAAACAUAAUGUGUCUUUUAGCUUCCUACUCACCUUUCAGGUGAGUGUGUCCAACAAUGGAUUAUAAGGGGAGGUGUGAUUUUGCUACUAGAGAACAUUUUAUGUUGAGCACUUCAAAAUGUGAAGUUGGUUGGGACUAAACAUGGAAGGACGUUGAAACUGUUAUUCAUAAAUGGUUGUACAUUUUCAUUUUUGAAUGUUUGAAGUUUAUGCAGUUAUUUAAGUAAAUAUAGAAGAAACCCAGUAUUUCUUCAAUGCUCGCCGAAUCAUUUAAAUAAAGUAAAAUUAUUACCAUAA